CGCGAACGUCAAAAUGUACUGAGUGUAGAAAAAAAGGAAAAAUAUAUCCUGCGUACAUAAUAACACAGCCGAUUAUUCACACGUUUGUUGAUAUUUUGUAUAAAACACUAUCGAAAUUGGUUUUUGAAUGGCUUCCGCGACUCCACAGGGAGCAAACCUGCUCUAUGGAUUAAGGAAAUCCAGCAAAUUCACCAAAGGCCUCGGAGCUCUCCUGCCCCAGGCGUACCGGAAGUUUUGGAACGAAUGGAAAAAUCAACAGCCUGCGGCAGUGCAUUAUGUACCGAAGGAUGGAAUGUUCCAACGCGAAGACAUUACCGGGCUUGUGACACCAAUCCAGAACGUGCCGCUUCCAGUGAUCGAUCCACCGGAGGCUCACGAAGGCAUCUGGGGCGGCGAAGCGGUCAUCAAGGGUUUCCAGAAACGCAACCAAUACAAACGGCGCGUACCACACUUCUGGGUUCCUGUGUUGCGUCGUUCGGUUGUACAUAGUCGCGUAUUGAAUGAGUACAUGGCCGUCACGGUAACGGAUAGAACGUUGGCUCAGAUACACGAUCAUCACGGCUUUGAUCACUAUCUGCUAAAAACGCCCGCUUGUGAUCUACGCUCAAUGUUGGCAAUUAAGCUGAAGAAGAAAGUCCUCGAAGAACUCGUCGCCGGCUGUCCUAGGCUAGCAUCUGAACCGACCAAACAGCAAGAAUAUCUGAAAGAGUUUGCCUGCUACCUAGAGCAGUACACGCCGGAAGAGAUCGAAUGGUACGGACUCACCUACAACGAGGCACUCACGAAAAUGAAGCAUCUCACCGAAGACAAAGACGCACAGCUGCCACAGAAGAUCCUUUUCCGACAGAAACUGAUCGAACAGCUACGAGAAGCCGGUAUCCGAGAGGCACAGGAAGGGGAAAGCGGCGAAAGUGAGGACCUGAAAGGAAUCAAGGAUUCCACUACGUCGUCGUGGCUAUCGAAGCUUAGCUUUAAGCCGAAAAAUUGGUAAACAAUGCGAAGAGUACGCCAUCACCCUGCACAAAAAGACCAAACUGUCGUCUUCAUUAGCAUGCGUGUGUAAAAAUCAGGGAUUUGGUGAAUGGAAUAACGGAAUAAUCCUUUAGUCUCACUGCCUGCGCUGCCAGUCAGGAAGUAAAUAAAACGACAAAACAGCCUGUUAAUAGUGUUAACGAAAA